GACAUUUCACACGUGCUUGGACACAAGCUGUCGCAGCUGAAAACUGAGUCACCUGUAUUCUGAUGUAAGCUUAGGCAGUACUAAAAAAAGAAUGGACCAGAACUUUUUUGCGCAGACGAUGCCGUUGUUUGAUUCGAGGACUAACUACCGCACCCAGCUCUUCUCGGCUGCCGCGCGGCGGCGGCAUCCGCCACUCGUCGCUAUUGGGGCGUCGUGCCGCGGCCCUCGCUCCGCUGGCAGCGCUGGCACCGCAUCACCCGCUGCUCCUUUUGCUCCAGCUUACGGGUUGUUAAGCUGUCGAUGCGGCUGCGUUGGCAAGACACCAACGCUAACGGGAGCUUUAAAAACGCAGGAAGUCGUUCCACGUGUGCGUAAAGCCACUCCAAAGGAACUUUUUCGUGAGAAAGACGCGAAGCUGUCUCAACUAAUGUGGGAGGAGCAAGUUGCGCGAUUGGAGCUGCGGUGCAGCGAGCAAGAAAAAAGAGUCGAUCUCGCUUUGUCGAAACCGUCUCACCGAUUACAGCGCUCUGAUGUUCCUGAAUGGUCCUUCGAAGGCACCCCUUCACAAAGGGAACGUCCUCACAGAUUUCCAACGGUGCCGAAGAGCAAAGCGAUGCACUCUCCCCAAGCCUCCGGGGCACCUGAGUCGUUGACGGGGCGGCGCGGCAAGCGGACUUCGCCGCGAGAUCUACAUCACAAAAGGGACGAAGCUCAAACACAUAAUACUGUUCUUGUCGAACCGCUGCCAACCCAGCUUUGUGUCCGUGAUAGUGAGCUGCUGCGAGCACUGCAGCGCGCCGAGGCACGAAUUUAUGAACUGGAAAUGGAAGCCCCUUCUUCGAAGAGCGCAGUGGCUGACAAUCGAAGCGACAGCGGAAGCAAGUGCCUUCAAAAGCACAACAGCGUCGGCGUGUCUGAACUCUCAGCCGCACCGUUGACGCGCAGCACUGCCGAUGCUGACCAGCUUCAUCCCGAAAGCAAACCAGCUGGCUACACACACUUAUGCCGAAACCUGGUGAUCAUGUAA